AAAGCGUUCUACUACGAACAAAAAAAACAACACUUUGUGUUAAUUACUACUCUUGCGACCCAAACCCUAAUACUACCUUCAUAUAGUUUCUACGGAACACCACGUCUCAUUCUCUCUGUGAAUCGAUGGAGAAGACAACUUUGGCUGCAACAAAGGAAGAGGUGAGCACCUAUAUACCUGAUGAUAUCGUCUUUUUCAUUCUAUCAAAACUUCCUCUUAAAUCUAUAAAGCGAUUUGAAUGUGUUCGUAAAUCAUGGUCUCUUUUAUUUGAAAACCAUAGUUUCAUGAAUAUGUUCCGCAACAAUUGUUUAGCUAGUUCUCACCGUUGUUCUUAUUAUGAUGGAGCAUCUCUUCUCCUUACAGUUUAUAAACCAAGAGCAAGUUAUUAUCUUUCUGAUGAUAGGUUUCAGAAUAAGGUAAAAUUAGAUUGGUCGCAUUUGUUUGAAAACCAAAACAAUUUACCUGAAACACUUAAUAGUUUUGGUAGUAUUAAUGGUACAAUUUGUUUCCAUGAUCAAGGAAGAUUUGGAAAAACUGUAUUGUGGAACUGGAACCCAGCUACCCACACAUUCAAGAUUCUUCCCCUCAGUCCGUUGAUCGAGUCGUCUCUCCCAAAUGUAGAUUUUUUUAGGGUUCAAGUUAUAACAGAUAUUCAUGGAUUUGGCUAUGACAACCUUACAAAUGACUAUAAAAUCAUUCGUUAUGUAUCUAUUACUGUUGAACACCGUUACUACCGGAACUGCAUUUUCAAUGAAUAUUUAAACCCCUUUUGGGAGAUAUAUAGUUUAAGAAGUAACUCGUGGAAAGAACUUGAUGUUUGCGUGCCUUCUUCGUACCAAACUAAGCGGACCCAAGUCUACAUGGAUCACGUGUGUCAUUGAUUGGGUAAUAAAGAUCAACGAAUUAGCCCCAUUGAACCAUGUUUGGUGUCAUUUUACUUAAGCAAUGAGGUGUUCCUCAUAACACCCAAACCCUUAGACUUAGAUGAUUGUUUUGAUGUUUUUAAUAUCAGAGGAAAUUGGGUAAACUUGGUUUUAAAUGGGUCUAUUGCGUGAUCUCAUAUCAUGUAGAGACGACCAUUGAGAGUUGAAAGGUCUUCUGGAAUAGUAAAUCCUUCAUCUACAAUGUCCCAUAAAUCUUGAGAGCAAAAAAAUUAAUGUCUUCAUUUUAAAGCUCCAAAAAUCAUAGUUUUCACCAUUAAAGAUAGGGAUAUUCAUAGAUGAUGGUUGAAAGAUAUUGGCCAUGUCUAAGGGGAAAAUUUAGAAAUGAUGUAGAUAUAAGGAGGGUUUGGUUGGAAAUAUAUGAAUGAAAUUUCUACGCCCAAUGUAUGAUCGAACGUAGCUCUGAUGUCACUAUUAGUAGUUGAGGUAGUAGUGAUAGUUUAUAAAAUAGAUAUAUAGUGUAGAAUGCUUAGUUGAUAGUUGAAUAGUAGUAGCAAGAAGUGUGAGGAUCACUUAGAGCAAGAAUAUAUUGUAUUGCUCUCCACUUGGAUACCUUACAAAUGAGUCAUGGUUAC